AUGUGGGUCCUUUUCGCGCUUGUUCUUAGCAGUUCCCUCUUAAGCGCUGCACAUGCCUCAGAUGGUCAAUUAUCGAUGGCUUCAGAUGCGAACAGCAGCUGGAGUUCUGCCUUUGUGGGCACGUUGUUCAUGAUUAUAUGCUCCGAACUAGGGGAUAAGACAUUCUUAAUCACCGCCAUACUCUCCAUGAGAUGCGCGAAAGCUGGUAAUUCAAAGAAGACGCAGUCGGGGUCAAAUAAACUGGGCAGUCGGUGGCAUGUCUUCGCUGGGGGCUUCCUCGCGCUGGCGCUGAUGACGAUGAUGGCUGCUGCAGGCGGCCAACUCCUCCCGCUGCUGCUACCUCAAGAGCUUCGCACCAUUUUUAUGGUCUGUCUUCUCGUGAUUUUUGGAGCAAAGAUGCUGCAUGAGGCUGCGGUGUACAGAGAGGCCGCUGAGGAGGCCGAUGAUCUCAAGGAUUUGUGCGAGAGUGAUAUCUCUGUAAAUGGGUCGACGCUGCUGUGCGUUGCACGCAAUUUCUUCAGUCCUGUCUUCCUCCAGGCUGCUUCGUUGACGCUCAUGGCUGAAUGGGGCGACCGGUCGCAGCUGGCCACUUUCGCCCUGGCUGCCGACAGGAGUGCCUCUGCAGUUUGUUUGGGAGCCAUUCUCGGACAUGGGCUGUGCACCGCUCUGGCUGUUUUGGGUGGGAAUGUCUUGGCGAAACGCAUAUCUGAGCGCGUCGUGCUGGUGCUAGGAGGUCAGCUCGUUGGCACAACUGCAUGGACGGGCGCAAAGGGGUCAGGUUCCAACGGUAGCAUGCACUUGAAGCGCUUGCGUAUGGAGGCGGUCAUUCGGGUGUCGAAGACCUGUGGGUCAGCCAGACAGUUUUGGCUGUGUGCGGUACCAGAUGGUCUGCGGUGCUGUUCAGCCCUGGACCGUCGGCAAGUCGUUUUCCUCCUUUUUAGAAUCAUUGCUGGCGUUGCACUUUCUGUGGUCAAGCUGUUGGAAAGUAACGGUUUUGCCGAUCCGUUGAAAAACCUUACAUACACAGUAAUUGUAGAAGGAAGUCUUCCCUUCCUGCCGCUGCUGCGGGCAUCGCCGCACGCUGUUAUGAUGGAUGUGCGAGCAUGGAUUUCGCUUAUUUUCGUCACUGUCGGACUCGCUGGUGCAGGUGGAUACCGUGGCAGACGGGACAGUCAUAGGGCUCGGAAAGCAAGAGCAACUUGGUUGCACCAGUCUUCUGUUAAAGUGGAGAUCUUGUGA